UUUGAAAUGAAGAAAUCGACAGAUAGUUGCCACAAUUAUCUUUCAGGUGGCUUUCAACUGUAAAAGUUAUACAUAAAUAAUGGAGGAACAAACAAAAAAGACCGUCAUUGAUGUGGAAAGCCACGGCGAAUUGUUCCACCUGGAAGGCAGACCCUGUUCGCUUUCCGCAUUUUCGCAUGUUCCAACAGGCAGAAGCUUGCCAAAGGAGCGAACGUAUUUUAAUUCCCCUAAAAAACCGGACAAACCCAGUUGUGUAUACGACGCCGUUUUUUCUGGCCAUGAAGAACUAAAUCAGAAACUGCAUCGAUGCGACAGAAGACAUGCCAAAUUGAUUGGACUGCAUACAUACGAAGAGGAAGCAACCAAAGCAGUUCCAUCGCUUUCAUCUUCAGAAUACGGACAUCGCCUGGGCAACCAGUUUGAUCCGAGAAACAGAUCACACGCAAGAAUCAUGCUAGUUGAAAGUGAAUUUUUCCGGAGAAACGGAGUUGAUAUCGGCAAUACCAAAGAUUAAAACUAUCCGAAUCUAUAAAGCGAGUAACUAACAAUAUCCACGAGAAUGAUAAAACUAGAGGUUCAAGCAGUCCCCAAUGUAGCCAAUACUGUAAGAAAUUAUUAUUUUGCACAAUUCUUUGUUUUGAAGUGAGUUUUGUGCCAAUGUACAGUAUUGUUGGGGUAGGCUUUGCUGAAACUGAUACGUUCAGAACAUACGGUUCCUGACUCUAAUGCACUUUGACUCCAUCGGAGAUGAGUUUCCAGUGUUUAUGAAGUAUAGCUCCCAGCCGGUUCAACGGAAGUUUCUGUAAGACUCGCAGUAAUGUUUGUGCGUAUUUAUCCAUAGGAGAUUCAUUUCUGCUGUCUGAUAGGUUAUUGUUUGAAGUCAGAAUUGGCACAGGAAUCUUUCGGAUUUUUACCAAAGGUCUUGGAUCCUGUGAAACAUCCUUUAAUUGUUUCCCAUUGUCAUAGUAUAGUGAUUCAGCGAUGAGUUCCACAACGUGAUGAGCCAAAUUUUGCCGAAUUUCUCUGGGUGUACAAGCAGAGCUGGUGGACGGUGGAAGAACAAAGGUAUUAGGGAGAUUGCGUAGCUCAUCUAGUUCUGUCAACUGCGUUGUCCAAACAGUUGGUGUAGUGAUUGCGGCUCCACGAAUACUUCCAUAGCGCAAGGCCGCCGCAAGUGCCGCAAAGUCGAUGCACUGAACUGCAACAAGGGAUAAAAAUGACGCGAUAUAUGUGGGCGCUGCUGAUAGCCGAAAAGCCCCAGUAUGGCAGUCCAGUUAGCUAACGGUGUGUCAAAAACAUCAAUAUGAAUGUUGUUUUACAAUAACAAGAAAUAGGAUGAGGGAUUUUCAGAACAG